AUGACGCUCCAACCAACCUUUUGUCACUACGCCCUCGGCCAUCACGUGACCACCUUCGACGGCGCUAAACUCGACUUUCUGGCCGGGUCUUGUGAAUACUUACUUAUAGAGCCUGCCCCUUCUCACGAGACCAGGUAUAAUUCUUCUCUCCACGGCCUAUCAAUUCGAGUCCGGGCAAGUGAGUUAGCCAUGAGCGGAAGGAAUCAGAUGGAGGGACGUCCACGUGUGCUAAUCAUAGUGGCCGAGGGCUCUAAGGUUACGCUUACAGGAAGUGGAAUCCUGGGACAGGCCAAGAUACUCAUAGAUGACCUCAUUCCAAUAACCAGGUGA